GUAUUCUUAUCUUUAUCCUUAUUAUUCUUUUCUUUUUAUUUUAUCUGUUAAUGUUAUUACUGCCUAUAUAUAUAUAUAUAUAUAUACCGUUAUUUUCCUGUCUGGCAUAUCCAAUUCACUAGUGUAGUUGAAUGAUCAAGCUGCAUCUUCUUUCUUUCUUUCUUUAAUCUUCUUCACGCACUCCACAUACACGCACUUCAAACACACUUUACGCUUCUCAUACAAAUGGCACUAUUACGGUUGUACUAUACAAGGCACUGGCGGGGAUAUCCAAGAAUUCCACAAUUCAAGCCAACCUAUCCAAUAACAAACAAACAAGAUCUCUCUCUCUGUGUGUGUGUGUGUGCGUCGUGUGUGUAUGUACCGUCUGAUUAAACUUCAAACACCAUUUUCAUUUCAAAUCCAGUGUCUAUUUUACUCUCCAAACAAAAAGCCAGCUAUAAAGCAAGCAAGCCAGCAAGCCAGCAAUUCAGCAAGCCAGCAAUUCAGCUAUAAAUCAAGCAAGCCAGAAAGCCGAAAGCCAGAAGGCCAGAAGGCCGAACGCCAGAAGGCCGAACGCCAGAAAGCCAGAAAGCUAAUAAUGACAGCUGCCAUGUCAUCUCUUAUUCGAGGUGUUGGAAAGACGACCAUGAGAUCCGGAGGCUUUGACUAUUGGGGAGCUCAAAGCUCAAAUAAGAUCUCAUUGGGAAACUUUAGUGGGAUCUUUAGAGAUGUAUGA